AUGCUCAGCAAGGUCCCCGACGUGGACAUGUACGAAGACGUCAUCCAAUUAACGACACCGCUCCAACUCGAACCACCUGUAUCCAUCUACAUCAAAAGCGACUCACCAUAUCGGGUCACUCUCAUAAAGGGCAACAGUGUCGACGUCGACGCUGGCCCUCAGUCCUUCACCAAGAUCGAGUCCUUCAGGCCGCUCAUCAUUGCGUCGUCAGCGCCGCUUAAGUCCGCAUUCGCUGAAGGAUGGAACAAACUGCCAGCCGAGCUGAAGAUCCUGACACUCGAGUUCAAUAUGAAAGCCGAGAAUCGCGUCGGCGCAGACGACAAGAAGGUCUACCCUCCAAUAGUCCUUUUUCAGCUGCUUCCCCACCUGACAAUGACACGCGAGAUUGCCGCAAUAGCGCAAGACAUAUUCUGGACCAAGAACGAGUUUCAUCUAGAGCCGUCAUGUCAGUCUGUCGUUAUCGGAAAUGGAAGGUCGAACAAUCGCAUCUACUUCGCCUAUCCCCCACAAGCAUUUCACCAUCUCAUUCGGCGGCUCGCUGUGCGGAUCCGUCCGAUGAGACGUGAGUGGCGUGUACUCGAGAAGCUUGCGAACGGCGACUAUGGUUUCGCUGCUCUUCGCAACAUCGUUGUCGAGUUUGACAUGCGGCGUGUAAUCUUGACCAGGAGAGUAUGGACCAGCUUUCUCACUCUGACCGUCCGCGAUGGAAUCGAUUUUAAAUGCGCUGGCAAUGUGAAGUUCCUUGCUCCACAGCCAGCCACCGACACGCCAUCAGAGCUUUCGUUCGAGGAUGUGAAGGAGAUGUUCAACGGCAAGAUCAGGUUCGCGGUCGAGGAGACCAAGGCGGAAGCUUAA